CCUUGCACUCCAUCCACAACACUCCUCCUCUUUUCACUCCUCCCCAGCUUGACCCAGUCACAUGCACUUGCAGGUAUGCAAAAACUUCACGAGAUGCUAUCAGUGGUUCUGCAUAAAUUGUAGUGGAGCUUUCAGGGAUUCACACGAGUAAGCCUCUGUACUCUACUUACAACAGGCCUACUUCUCUCUCGCUGGGACUCCCAGAAACAGGAUGCGUUUGGUGUGUGCUUUGGGUCUCUUCUUGACCCUGUUACAUCUGUCUACCUCUCUGCUGCUGGGAGCCUUCAACAUCAAGUCAUUUGGACUCACGAAGGCCUCAAACACCAUUCUGAUGGACAUCAUCAGCACGAUUGUCCACCGCUAUGACAUCAUUCUGAUCCAGGAGGUCAGAGACAGUGAUCUGUCAGCAACCAAAAAACUCAUGGAGCAUGUCAACAAAGGUUCUCCACUGUUCAGGUACAUCGUAAGCGAGCCUCUGGGUCGCAGCUCCUACAAGGAGAGAUAUCUCUUCCUCUACAGGGAGAACACAGUGUCUGUGGAUGAUCACUACACCUAUGAUGACAGGACAGACACCUUCAUCAGAGAGCCUUUUGUUGUCAUGUUCUCCUCCAAAUACACCACUGUGAAGAACUUUGCUCUGAUCCCUCAGCACACCUCUCCAAGCUCUGCAGUGAAGGAAGUGGAUGCUCUCUAUGAUGUGGUGGCUGAUGUCCGCAAUCACUGGAACACCAAUGACAUUGUUCUGCUGGGUGACUUCAACGCAGGCUGCGAUUAUGUGAAGAGCUCUGAGUGGCAGCAGAUUCGCCUCUUCACAGAUAAGAGUUUCCACUGGCUGAUACCCAAUGAUGCUGACACCACAGUGUCACGCAGGAACUGCCCUUAUGACAGGAUUGUGGUCACUACUCACAUGAUGAAGGGAGUAGAUCAAGGCAGUGCUGAGGUUUACAACUACAUGGUGGACUUAAAUCUCAGCCAUGACCUGGCAUUGGAUGUCAGUGACCAUUUCCCUGUGGAGGUGAAGCUGAUUGGCUAGGAGCAUGCUGCCUGAAUUCUGACUACAACAACCGCUCUGCAGGUCUCCAGGCUGAAUCUGUAUGGUGGCUAUUUAGUGGAAGGACUCUCACCAACCACAAAGCCAGACCAAAAUAAACACGUCUUCCAGUC